AUGUGUUUACAAUCGAUCCACUUAGCGAUCGAAUUCGGUGAUUUAGCGAUCAUCGACGCGUUGUUGGCACUGUACGAGGACGUGAACAUCAGAGAUCCGACCACGGGCUACACGCUAGUACACAUGGCCGUGGAAUGUGAGAAUGUCGAGGUUCUGAAAAUGCUUCUGCUCCGGAAAGCCGCCAUCAACGUUUAUUCAAACGACAGCCUAACGCCGCUUCACCUAGCAGUGAGGAAGAAAUCGACGAGGAUGGUCGAGUUUUUACUCGAUCACGGAGCUAACGUGAAUCCGGCUUUCAAUGUCGACGACAAGACGCCGCUCUACAUGGCCGUCGAGCUCAACUGCCCAAUUAUCGUGGCGAUCCUGCUGGAAAGAGGAGCGUCGAUCAAACACUCGACUAUUCGCGACGUCACGGUUUUCGACGUCGCCAGGAAAACUAACAACACGCACUUGUGCCUGCUGCUACUCAGGUACGCCGACAAGCAGCUCAAAUUGGCCGGCAGUUGA